UUAUCGGGUCAAGGUUUUGAAAGGUGUAGUAAAAGGUUGUGAUUGCAGAUUCCUGGCAAAUUUAUUAAAAAAUAGCAUCAAAAGUGAAAAACUUUAAAUAUUACAAAGUGAAUCCAUAGUGACGCGAUGCCCGGCGACGAUUUGCACGAGCCGGAGACCCCGGCAACGCAGCGGCUUACGAAUGAUGACUUCCGAAAGCUGUUGAUGACCCCCCGAGGGCCUUCGGGGGGUUCUUCUCAUGCUGCCGGAUCCGUCCGGGAUGCAAUGGCCAAGUCGUCUUCCGGUUCGUCUUCGGCGACGUCGGCCAUGAAGCCGCCCUCUUCGGAGCGGCACGAAGCUCGUCGUAAGAAGAAAAAUUUCUACGCCCAGCUCAAGAAGCAGGAAGACAAUAAGCUGGCAGAGUUGGCCGAGAAGUAUCGCGAUCGAGCCCGGGAGCGCCGUGAUGGAGCCAAUCCGGAUUAUCAGAACUUGGAUCCGACCAGUUCCACCAGUGGCUACCGAGCGGUGGCCCCGGAUAUCAAAUCUGGUCUGGAUGCGGCCGAACGACGCCGGCAGCAGAUCCAGGAAUCCAAGUUCUUGGGUGGUGACAUGGAGCACACUCACUUGGUCAAGGGUCUCGAUUAUGCCCUGCUGCAGAAGGUCCGGAGUGAGAUUGUGGCCAAGGAGCAAGACCAAGAGGAGGAAAUGGAAAAACUGGCUGAUAUUCCGGCUGCCGAGGCGCCUCCUGUGAAGCAACCGGUGGUACCGGAAAAAGAACCUUCCAAGGGAGAUGAAAUAGAAUUCCGAACGGCGAUGGGAAAGAACAUUUAUCGGAUUCAGGAAAUUCAAAGAUCACGACAUGUGGAACGCAAUGAGAUGUUUGCGCCAGGAAGAAUGGCAUAUCACAUCGAGUUGGAGGAUGAAAAUGUGGAAACGGACAUCCCAACAACGGUUAUUCGUUCGAAAGCGGAAGUUCCCAUGGUGGCAGGCGACACGCAGACUCUGACCACUAAUGACAUCGUCAUCAACAAACUGGCUCAGAUUUUGUCAUAUCUUCGGCAGGGCGGAAGAGGCAAAAAGAACAAGCGCAGGGACAAAGAUAAGCCACUGUUCAAGCUGCCGGAAGACAAACACAUGGAUGAUUCUAUCUAUGGAGAUAUCGGUGAAUACAAACCAUCGCGUCGGUUUGACCAGGGUGCUUCUUCGUCCAAGGCAGAUGAAAACCAAGGCAAACACAGAUAUUUCGACAAAUCAAAUGAAGAAGAAGAGCGUGAAACAGGAACCAUUCAAAUUCCUGCUCCACCAAAGUUGUCGGCGCAGCUCAUCACCAAGCUGACGGCCGAGCCGGAAGGCUACGCAGAGUGCUACCCUGGUUUGCAGGAAAUGAACGACGCAAUAGAUGAUUCCGACGAUGAGGUUGACUACACGAAAAUGGAUCUUGGCAACAAGAAGGGUCCAAUCGGACGUUGGGAUUUCGACACACAGGAGGAAUAUUCUGACUACAUGAGCAGCAAGGAAGCCCUUCCCAAGGCUGCGUUCCAGUAUGGUGUGAAAAUGCAGGACGGUCGAAAGACACGUAAACAUAAGACCGAAAAGAACGAGAAAGCUGAACUGGAUAGAGAGUGGCAACAGAUUCAGAACAUUAUCCACAAACGCAAAGCCAAAGAAGGCGGUAGCAGUGAAGUGGAAUACAAAAAGGCUAAACAGUAAGUUUUAGUCUAACGCAAUAAUUUGUUAAUUUUUCGUAUGAAUUUCCAAGUGUUAAUGAAAAUUACUAAACCUGUGUUAAUCACAUGUGUAUCACCAUCUAAACAGAUAUUUAUUAGUUUUGAUCCUGUAUUACACAGGCACAAGCGUUGAAAGUUCACUUGACAAAUGCAAAUUGGGCAGUCAUGGGUUCGAGUUCCACCAAAUCGAUGUAGAUUUUUUUUUAAAUUUUGCAUCAAAAUUUGACAGAAUUUCAACGUGUGUACCUAGGUAAGGUUUUCUUAAUGUUUAGAUCAUACCAGUCAGCUAAUUAAGCCGAUAAAAUAAUAAAUUCGUCAUAUUAGUAAUGCAAAA